AUGAUGCCCUCCUGGUUGACAGUUCUCUUGUUAUCUACCUUAGUUGUGGCCCUCGAGCUACCCAACUAUGAAGGGCUUCUGACCUCACAAAAACCAGGUGUCCUGGAAGUCACGUUUCAUAACAGACAUUCAACAACAAACCUUUGGAACAGAGAUACUCUAUUCGGCCUGACCGACAUAGUGCGCAGACUUCAGAAUGACAAUGAAACCAAGGCUGUGGUCUUUAAGAGUGAUGUUCCCAAAUAUUUCCUCAAUCAUUUGGACCUCCAAAUUGAGCCUUUCGACCCCACCGUUGCAAGUCGUACGAUUGAACUGUUAUACAACAUGACAAACCUGCCCCAAGUUACAAUUGCUGCUGUCGAAGGGAUAGCACGGGGUGCCGGGAACGAGUUCCUUAUCUCGCUCGAUAUACGAUUUGCGACCAAGGCCCACACGCUGUUGGGACAACCGGAGGUGGGAAUGGGCCUAAUGCCAGGCGGCGGAGGUGGUCAAUAUUUGCCUCGCUUGAUUGGACGCGGUCGUGCAAUGGAGUUUAUAUUGAGCUCGAAAGAUGUUACUGCUGAGGAUGCGGAGGAGAUGGGUUGGAUUAACCGAGCUUUUGAUACGUCAGCCGAGAUGCAUGCGCAUAUCGACAACCUUGUGUCGCGCCUGGUCUUAUUCCCACUUGGAUCUCUUGGAGCUGCCAAGCAGUCUAUCAAUCGGGCAACAAGACCCCCUCUAGAGGACCUCUUGAUGGAUGCCGAAAGUUUCUUAGAACGCCUGGCUAACCCGGCUGUGCAGACUACCAUUGCCCGAGCACUGACCGCAACCAGGAACCAGUCAGACAGCUACGGGGAGCAGUUUCUUGGGGAGGCUAUUCCCACCUUUUACAAUUAA